UGGAUUUGCCGACCAUCCAGGGAGCCGACAAUCUUGUGAGCACUCGGGAGGCCGAUUUAAGCAUUGCACUGAUCCUGACUGGAUGAUGGCGGCAGUUAAGGUUGAGAGAUCGCCAGGAGUUAUCCCAGGCAGGGCAUACAUAUUUUAACCGUGUGCACCUGAAACCGAAAUUGUCGAUGACAAUUAGGACACGCAGUGUGUGAAACAAAAAACUCUCCGUUCUUUUAGCAAUAUAAUGAUACAAAGGAUGACAAGACAAAGCAGUUGGCAAUGCGAAUAAAAGCAGAGCGGUGAUUUCAAACAAACAGCAGCAACAGAGAGGCAGAUGGUAAAACUGAUUCAUGCCAGCAAUAUCUGCCCACAAUUCAUUUCUAUGCAAAGUUUCAUCAGGAAAUGGGUCAACUUCACCACUUCCUGUACAGGACACGUGCAAUAAAAUUAAAGUUACUAUGAGGAACCUUUAACUGGUUAUACCAGUCUGAAGAUAUCAGAAUAUAUUUUGUCAGUGAGGUUGGCGGUCGUUAUUUUAAUGCUUGCAGGUUGAAUUCUGCACCAAAUCAGACCAAAUAAAAUUCAAGUUUCACUUUGAAACUGGUUUAGCUCAGACUCAGGCAACCUUAUGCGGGACUCAGAUCUGGUUUUGCCUUUUCAUUUAUUUGUGAUGACCUUGCUGAUGGCGUUGCCGUAGAAGCAGCAGAUGCAGAAUCUUAACCAUUUCCUGUUUAAUGCUGUCAGAGUAGUCGCUCUUAUGGGAAUGGAACAGAGAGAAAACAACAACCCAAGAGCAUGUGAUCACUUCCUCGGCCCACUCUGCUGCUGAUGCGUUCUGCCUCUCUGCAGACAAUUGUAUCUAUGGCAACGUUUCAAAACGUUGAACGAAGGCUCUCGUUCUUCAUGGAUUUUUUUGUGCCUGCAGGUUUUUUUCCCCCCUUUUUUGCACAUUCCGACAUUCCAGAUGAGGAACUGAAAAUGUUCUCUUUGCUGAGACUUUGUUGUGUUUAAUGACUGUGUGCAAAAAGAGAAACAAAUCCAGUUGUCCUACUCGUUUUAUGUUGAUUAACCCGCAACCUGCUCCGUAUAAAAGUGAAUAGAACCCGAAGCAUGACAUUGUCUCCGCCCGUUUGGUGUCUUUGUGUUUGCUGUUUGUUUUGCCGGCAUGUACUAGUUUCAGGGUGCAUUCAAAGCAAGUACUUUUAAAAAACCAGACCAGCAGCAUUGGUUUUGGUUUAGCGAUUGCCUCAACACAGUGAGAGCUGCAGGAGGAAGCUUGUAAAGGGGAAGGGGGGGUUAAUGUGGACAGAGAAACGUAAGGAAACAGAGAAACGGAAGUGGUGAAGCUGUAACUGCUUUACCGUUGGAUGUUCUCCCUUUAGAGUAGGAGUAGAGAAAGAGGCGCUCGGUGUGAGCGAGUGUCAGAUUGAUAGAGGAGGAGCCUAAAGGGAAGACAGGCGGCCAAAGGGAGGGGCACAGACAGGGUUUUGUCCUCCGCAGAAGAAGAGGGCAGGACAGGAAAUCACUGCAGACGCUCAACCUCUUCACUCGUGGCAUUGUGUCCAAAACGUCCCCGCCGGCACCAUGGAUAGCUUCCAGACCGUCCUGCGUUUCUUCAUGAACCAGAAGGCCACCAUCGGCUACAGCUUCAUGGCUCUCCUCACAAUAGGCGGGGAGCGAGUCUUCUCUAUGGUUUCCUUUUCCUGCCCGUGCAACCACGAUCAGAACUUUGCCUACGGGCUGACUUUCCUGCUGGGCCCGGCGGCGGUGCUGCUGGUUCUGGGCCUCUUCUUCAACGGCCGGCUGUGGAGGCUCUACACCGGAUGCUGCCUCAAUCCCAUGAAGCUGUGCCCCCGGGGGAACUGCUUCGGCUGCCUCAGGGCGUUCGCGAGCAUCUUCACGGGCGCCUGCGUGGCCCCUGUGAUGUGGCUCUCGGUGGCCCUGCUCAACGGGACCUUUUACGAGUGCGCCGUCAGCGGCCUCGACGAAAACGUGGUGGUGGAUCUGUUCUGUAAAAACAAGACCAUGAAGUGUCGGGAGGAGCUCGCCCGUGUGCCCUGUGACCGGUCCACACUGUCCAAAGAUGAGCGCAUGGAGCUGCUGCUGAUGUUCAGGGCCCAGUCACAGAUCCUGGGCUGGUGCAUCAUCAUCUUGGCUGCCUUCGGGGGCCUCGUCGGCACCUGCUGCACAAACUGCCGCUCCAAAGUCAGCUACCUGCAGCUCACGUUCUGGAAGCGCUACGUGGAGAAAGAGAAGGAGCGCUUCGACAGCUUCGCGCUGGACUACGCCACCAAGCUGGCCGAGAGGAACCUGCAGAGCUUCUUUGAGAACAAGGACCCCGAGGAGUUCCCUUUCCCCAGCCACAAGGCGUGGGAGGAGAUCUCGGCACACUACACCUUCUCCAGGAGCGAGCAGUGUUACAGCACCCUGCAGCAGUACGUGGAGAAGACACACCGGGACGUUGAGAAGAUCCCCGUAUUGGACUCGGAGCAUGGAAUAGAGAUGCGCUGAGAGAGGGCGAGCUUUGUGUCCUUACAGAGCCAGCCGUUCAGAAUGUUACUCACACGAGUACAAUGGUACAUCUUUCUCUAAGCACAUGAACUAAUGAACUAAUGAAGGACAAAAACACCACUAUUUUAUACACACUGGCACUCUGUAAGACUGCAUGUAUUUAGGCGUCUUGCCACUAACACGCCGUAAUUCAUUAACUAACUCAUUUAGUUCAAGAAGCUGCAGUCACUAAACUGAAGACACAGAGACCUUGUUUUUACGUGAUGAAAAAUGAAUUCAAAUGUGGAAAAAAAUAAAUUUAUUACGCAUCAA